AUGUCUAUUAUCCAGCAAGUUUCCAAUGCCAGCCUAAGUGACAAUUGGCGUACGAUCAACGUCGAUGCUCUCGACCCUGAUUCUUCCACAAACUUCGAUAUUUCCACCCUGACAGCACAAUUUCCUCCUGUCUCCGACUCCGACAUCCGCACUCUUGCCCAACAGGUACGACAAUUACUUCGAGGAGGUGAUCCAGAGGGUGCUUUGAGGGGUGCCCUCGAAAAUUCACCAUAUGGAAGUAGUGAACAGGUCAAGGAGCUUCAUUUAGCAACUGUGAUCGAGGUAUUGCAAAGUAUUAAGGCGAGCGAAAUGACACCAUUAUUGAAGAAGAUUAUGGCUACAGAGGGCGGUGGAGAUAUCUUGGAUUGCUUGAUGAAAUACUUAUAUAAGGGCAUGGAAUCCAAAACCGCAAAUGCAAACACGAGCAAGCUUACCCCACAAAGUACGGGCGGAUUCUCACAAGUUGGAGGUGGUAGACCUGGGGCGCAAAAUGAAAACAGCGGUUCAUCGAUGAGUGUGCUACUCAGUUGGCAUGAGAAAGUCGUAGAAGUUGCGGGGCUCGGAUGUGUAGGAAGGUGUUAUGAUGAUAUGGGGUCGAAAGAGAAGCGUAGCACAAGGGACGUCGAGAAUGUGAGGUCGGGAAGAUGGAAUACUACAUGCCCGAGAGACGGAAGCCCCGAGUAUCGAAUCGGAGAUGGGCAAUGA